CCCAGCUCCUGGUCACUUUGGAGUUGAGAGGCUCUGACGCGUCUUGGUUUUGGGUCGCAGGUUGAUGAUGUCAUAGCAGCGCCGGAAUCUCUGUCUGUUAAGUCUCGAGGUAGUUGUCGAUUCGAAAUGAGGGAGAUUCCGUUAUCGAAUUGUGAGAGACAAUUUAUUCUUCAGGCUCUCGCCGAGAAACAGCGUCUUGAUGGAAGACAGACAUAUGACUAUAGAAAUAUCAAGAUAACAUUUGGAACUGAAUAUGGAUGUUGCAUUGUGGAACUAGGUAAAACAAGGGUCCUUGCACAAGUAUCAUGUGAACUUGUUACUCCCAAACUUAGUCGGCCUACAGAGGGCAUAAUUUUCUUCAAUUUGGAGCUCUCUCCGAUGGCUUCUCCUACAUUUGAACCUGGCAGGCAAUCUGAGCUAUUAGUUAAAUUAAACCGAUUGCUGGAGAGGUGUCUGAGGAAUUCCAAGUGCAUAGACACAGAAUCCCUAUGUGUUGUAGCAGGUGCAAAGGUGUGGCAAAUACGUGUAGACUUACAUUUGUUAAACCACGAUGGGAACAUUAUUGAUGUUGCAAGCAUAGCAGCUAUUGUGGCAUUGUCUCACUUCAAAAGACCUGAUGUCUCUAUUCAAGGAGAAGAAGUCACAGUGUACAGCCCGGAGGAACGUGAUCCAAUUCCAUUGAGCAUACAUCACAUGCCCAUUGCUGUCAGCUUUGCCUUCUUCCAGCAGGGAACUUACCUAUUGGUAGAUCCGAUCGAACAUGAGGAACGAGUUAUGGAUGGACUUUUAGUAAUCGCCAUGAACAAACACCGUGAGCUAUGCACUAUUCAGUCCAGUGGUGGAAUAAUGCUUCUAAAAGAUCAGGUUCUCCGUUGUACUAAAAUAGCUGGUGUGAAGGUGGCAGAAAUCACAGAGUUGAUGCAAAAAGCUCUUGAAAAUGAUAAGAAAGUCAGGAAAGAAGGUGGGAAGUUUGGUUUUGCAGAAUCCAUACCAAAUAAACGAAUCACUGCCUUUAAGCUAGAUGAAACUCCAGUGGAUACAGACGGUGUUGAAGAGCAAGUUGAAGAGAUUGUAUCAAAGGCUGAACCAUCCACACUACAUAUUCCAAAACCAAUUGUGCGUGCUCCUGGAACAGGUCAAAUUGGGGAAGGGAUCCAAAAUGAAUGGAUGAUCGAUGAUCUAGAGGAAGAGGAAGAAGAUGAUGAAGAGGAUAUUGUUCCUGAACCAGGUGCCCAGAGUUUGCGAAAUGAUAAUGAAAGAGCAAACAUGCAUACAGAUGCUGAGGUUAUCCAACUUUCAGAUAGUGAAGAGGAAGAAAUUAUAAUACUGGAACCAGAAGGGACAGAAAAGAAAGGAAGAAAAAUAAAUUCUGAAGAAAUACCACAAAUAUCAACAAGAAAAAUAGUACAAAAAAACAAAAACACGAAAAAACAGAAGAAGAAAGGAGGCCAGCUGUGAUAUUACCCGUCAAGUAAUUUGAUGAUGGAACCUUCUGAAUCUAUGUAUAAGUGCAUUACUUUGUCAUACAUGUUAAUGUGUUAUCGUUGGAGGAGGCAUAUAAAAUUGCACCGUUGCAGGUGUUAAGAAAUGGAUUUCAAUUGAUAUUCUUUACAUUUACUUAUUUGUAACAAGUGACUGUAUUUCAAAUAUGUAAAACUUUAUUUGGAUAAGUUCAUUUAAAUAGUCUUUUGGGUCUUUGCUAACCUUUUAUUGAUACCUUGUUGACUAAUUGGCAACUUCUCAGGGGUUUUAAAUUUUAAUUCAUUAUGUCUGUGGUUAUUUUAGCAGUUCCACCUUUGUUGCUACUUAAUGGUUCAGCUUAGACCUUCUGCCAUUUUUGCAGACGUUGCCUACGAGAGCUGUGAAGUAAAUUUUACCUUUCCUCAAUUUUUCAAAUUUGCCUUUUUAUUCCUCCUUUCAAUCAAGUUUAUUAAUACGCCUGAAUGUUGACCUGUUUAAGUUUAUUUUCUUGAAUAAAAUCCUGUAGAGAAUUUUGAAAUUGACUAAACAGCUCUAAAGCACCGUUCUUACAAUUAAAGCCUUGCAUGACCAUUUGGAAUCUGACCAUUAUGUUUAAUUGUAUUUUCUGUUUGAGUUUCUGUUUUUAUGCAGAGUAAUGAACGACAAUUAGCAUUUCUGACAUCCCUUUUUCAUAAUAGUACACCUACUGGCAUUUUACAGGCAUAAGGAAAAAUGAACACUGAGCCAAGGAAGAAGAUAUAGAGCUAUUAAUUGAUUCUUAAGGACCUGUAUUAAUAGGGCGGUGAUGGUUUCCCAUGGACCUUUUUGCCAGGAAUUUAUUGCUGAGAUGAUCUCGGUUAUGUUAACCCACUCAAUUAUUUGUCCUUGCUACUACUACGGAAGGGAAAAUUAGGUGGAAUUUUGAGGAGGUGGGGCUAGGUAGGAAAUCUGAAAGGUUGCUAUCAGGUCAGUGAGAUGAUUUUUUCCUGCUGUGAUGUGAUCUUGCCAGAUGUGAGUAAUAGAAGUGAUGAUGGGUAACAGAUUAGUGGCAAACAGAUUGCAGCACCACAGGUAGAGACUGGCAAAUCCUUGGAGGACUUUCAGUGACAAUCCCUUUGAUCCCUUGCAUGCCACACCUGCAGGUAGUGCUGUGGAGGGAAUCCUUCUCCGUAAAGAAAGCCUUGCAGCUGAAGCCCCACAUAAUCUUAAUGAUUCUGUAUGCCAUCUACAGAUGUCUCCACCUUAAGGAGUGCUCAUAUUCUGCCUGUUGCUGCAGUGCCUACUACUUUCAUUGGAGCUGCUGGCAAAACAUCUGGGUGACUGGCCAACCUCUGUCGUUAAUUGGACAGCACUCUGAGGUUGCCUUUUUCAUUGGUCUACAGUAAGUUUGAGAAUGUAGGCAAUUGGGCAUCAUCAGGAGAUUUGGAAUUGACUUUUGCUCCUGGUCCCUCUAACUCUUCAUGGCUGGUAAGAUUCAUAAGGUAAAGUUGCCAUAGUCCAACCCAGCUAUCAAUCUGCUUGCUCUCUCUCUCAUUAAAGCAAGACAAUAGGUGGUGGUUUAACCUGGGGGACACCAGACCUCAAAGAAAGGGAGAAGUUAGGAAUGUGGGAGCUUCAUAAUAACCUCAGCCAGUGUUGGAAUUGAAUCUGCAUUGUUGGGGUCACUAUAUCAUAAACCAGUCAUUUCACCAACUGAGCUAACAGAACCCUCCAUAACUGUUUAGAUAAACAAAUGAGUGUUUUGUAUCACUAAAGCUGCAAAAAUUGUUUACUUUAAUAUUCUCACUUUGCAGACUUUUAUUCAAUAAACUUCAUUUAUUUUUCAAGCUUAAAUGAUACUGUAUUGUUGUGAAACAUGUUUCUUUUUGCUGCUGGCUCCAGGGAAAUAUCUUGUAUGCUUUUCCUGUAUCGUACAGUUUUGUGGUAGAUGAAAAGGUAACUCCAUGGUUGAUUAAAUUUAUUAAAUAAGUGCA